ACCGUCGGCUGAGGCCUGAGUGCUUCACUCCAGUUAACUUAUGCUUAUUCCUUUUCAUGAUCUCCUCGCGGCCGCUGGCGACACAGAUAUAUUCUUUUAGGUGUUGGGUUCGCGGGGGAAAUUGGUUUGGAUGAUAGAGCUUGUCAUUGGUAUUGGAAUAGAAUUGAUUCAUUCCGAGGAAGGGCGGGCGAAGAGCUGGUAGUAUCUAUUGAUGACUGUCAGCAGUGUCCGGGUCUCUCAUUGCCAAGGCUUUCAAUUUAACGCAGUUCAGCAGCUCGGCAUGGCUAGGAUCAUCCAUCGAAUCUGCUAUCGGUAUCAUUGGAGAAGACAAGCAGGUAUUACUGAAUUCCCUUAUGCUUAUUGUCCAGCUUCUGCCACAGCUCCUCUCUCGACCUACUUCUCCUCCAAUCCAACUAGUCCUCGGACCUCCAAUUCUGUAACUUUCGCCAGCAUAGAUGAUGCCUUGGAUUCAUUUAAUAGGAUGCUCCGCAUGAACCCUAGACCCUCAAUUGUGAAAUUUUCUCAGUUGGUAAAUUCUCUUAUGAGAAUGAACGCCUUCGAGGCUGCCUUGUAUGCGUCUAAACAAAUGGAAGUAGCUGGAUUCCACCAUGAUCUUCACACGCUGAGCAUGUUGCUUCGUUGCUUCUGUAAAUUGGGUCGAGUGGAUUUUGGCUACUCAGUUUUGAGCAAAGCUUUGAAACUUGGUGUUCAAUUCAAUGAUGUAAUGCUCAGUACAUUGAUUGAUGGGCUCUGUAAAGUUGGGAAAGUAAUCGAGGCUGCAAGGUUGGUUCAUAGGAUUCAGAUUCUGGGUUAUCAUCCGAAUGUUAUUUCUUAUACCAUAAUUAUAGAUGGAUUAUGCAAGGUAGGGCAAACGAGUGCAGGACUUGAAUUGCUAAAAAACAUGAAGGAGUUUGGCUGUCAACCUAAUGUCGUUAGUUAUAACACAGUCAUUAGCAGCCUAUGUAAGGAUGGGAUGGUAUCGUAGGCUUUUGAUGUUUUUUCCAAGAUGAAGGAUGAAAAGAUUCAACCAGAUGUGUUCAGUUACAAUAGCUUGAUUGCUGGUUUGUGCAUUUCAAGCAGAAUCAAUGAAGCUAUGAAGUUACUCAAUGAAAUGGAAGAGAGGAAGAUCAAGCCCGAUACAGUUAGCUAUUCCACAUUGGUUGAUGCUUUUUGCAAGGAAGGAAAUGUUUUGGGAGCUAAAGUUAUACUCAAAGUGAUGAUUCAAAGAGGAUUUCUUCCGAAUGUCAUCACAUACAAUUCAUUGCUGGAUGGGUACUGUUUGCGCAAUGAAUUAGACAAAGCUAGAAAGUUAUUUGAUUUCGUGGUCAAUAAGAGAUGUGAACCUAACGUUUACUGUUAUAGUAUCAUGAUUCGUGGAUAUUGUAAUAAUGGAAGGAUGGAUGAAGCUGAAGAAUUACUUAAUGAUAUGCUGGAGAAGGAUUUGGCUCCGAAUACAGUCACUUAUACUACUAUGCUAAAUGGAUUUUGUCAAGCAGGGAGGCUUAAAGAUGCACAAAAAAUUCUCAAGAAAAUGAGUGGUCAGGGUUGUUCCCCGGAUAACGUGACAUACAAUAGCUUGCUUGAUUACUUGUGUAGACAAGGUCAACUUGACGGUGCAUUAGCUCUAUUUCAAGUAAUAGAAAAUAGUAGGUUGAAGUCUGAUAUUACAGGGUACAGUAUCCUUAUGGACGGGCUGUGGAAAGCAGGGAAGGAAAAGGAAGCUAGGGAAAUGUUUUCUAGGCUCUCUAGAGACAAGUUUUUGCAACCUGAUACCCGCACAUAUACCAUUACAGUUGAUGGACUAUGCAGACAAGGUUUUGUCGAUGAAGCAUAUGAUCUGUUCAGGAAAAUGGAGGGGGAUAGUUGUCUACCAGAUAGUUGCUCUUACAACGUGAUUAUUCAUGGGUUUCUUCGCCAUAAGGAUCCCCUUGAAGCAAUAGGCCUCAUUCAUGAGAUGGUUUCUAAAGGUUUCUCAGCCGAUGCAACCACGAUGUCUUUGCUAAUAGAAUUGUUGCCCAAGAAUCAGUUGGAUCACCCAAUUUUCCAGAAGCUGUUGAAUGGUCCUGAUAUUAAAACUCAUAAAAUAGGGUCUACUGAUCUAUCAGCUGCUGCAACUCAAGGAACUUGCUGAAAUUCCCAUCCAAAUUCCAGGUGCAUGAUCCUGUAGCUGAUCGAUAUCCCUCGGUUUCGAGAAGAUUCUGAUGAUAGAAAAGUGGCUGGAACUAAAUCUCCGAGGCAUGAUCCUUGCCACUGCUUACAUAUGUGUUUCCCUACUUCCUGGUAUGUCAGGAAGAACUUUAUUUAAGGGCUCUGCAUAUUGCUGGUUUUCUCUGUUUGCUGCAUAAAUGAGCUCCUUGUAUGUUUCGGUCUACACUAAGCAUGGGAGUAGAUGAUGAUCCAUGUUUGAAAGCUAUUUGUGGUUAUUGUUUGGAGAUAGGAAUUAACUUAGCUCGCUUGUUUAGUAACAACUACCUUUUUGCGCCAAAGCCAUUGAAUGGAACUCUAGCAUUCUGCUCUUGUCAAGAAGAAGCAAUGCUUUUGGUUACCCAUUUUGGACUUCAGUCAUCUGAAUGGGAUAGUUAUCAGCUUUCAAAGGAAGCUUGUGUUAGGAAGAAGGUAUGACUUUGAUCACAGUUCAAUUGAUCUAGUCUUAGUCUUUCCUUAUAUUUUCGAUUGGAAUUUGAGUGCAAAUAUUAUGGAUAUAUGUCUGAAGUUGUGUAUUGGAAUUUGUUUGCUUUCAUCCUCUGAGGGUCUGCCAUUUCACAGUUGUAUUUCACAAAUAAGUAAUCUGGUGGUGUUUUCUCUCUUGCUUGUUGUGCUGGACAGUGCUCCACUGGAAUGGAACCUUGAUGAGUUGCUGGAUAAGAUAUGAGAGUAUCUAGAUCUCACUCGCAUAUACAAAAAGCCCAAUGGGACGAACCCAGAUUAUGAAGACCCUGUGAUCCUCUCAUCAAAGAAGCGGACUGGGAGGACUUUUGCAACCAGAUUCUCAAGUAGUGAGUAUCUUGUCAUUUCAGUUUUUGCUUUUAGACAUACUUGACCAGUUGACCCUCAAAAUAAUGCACUUGAAAUGAAGCUGUAGAGCCUCCUGAUUUAGCUGUGUGUUUGUUUAAGUGUAUCCAGAUCAUGUUGCGAUGAAUCGGACAUUUGGUACAUGGUGGAUACAAGAUCAGACGUGUAAAUUUUUUAGAUAAACAGGGGUGGAUAUGAGUUUUGAAAUGAUCUUUGUUGUGUUCCAAAAGGUGUCCGAACUAGGAUUUAUUAUGGCGUUAGAUUGCUCUACUUGGUUAACAGGUGCGAACUUGAGUUGAAACUGUAGAGCAUGAUGAUUCAGCCGUGUGUUUGUUUAUGAUAUGCAAGUUGACGCAAUUAUAUGAACUCAUUUUUGUCCGGGACUCUAUACAUUACCUUACCCAGUUCCUGGAUGUGGUUUAAGUUAUCUUUUCCUUCACAUAUUUAGGAAUGACAAAAACAGUAAUAUCAGACUAUCAGUGGAUAAUCCCCACAAAUCUGAUUUAAUUGCAGAGUAAAACCUUUACCUCGAA